AUGGGCGAUUCCUCUGCUUCAUACAUCCACAUGGUGCACCAUUUAAUCGAGGAGUGCAUCAUAUUCAACAUGAGCAAAGAAGAGUGCAUGGAAGCCCUCUCUAAGCAUGCAAACAUCAAACCCAUCAUUACCUCCACAGUGUGGAAGGAGUUGGAGAAGGAGAACAAGGAGUUCUUUGAGGCAUACACAAAGAACAGGGAAGCUAGAGCCUUUGAGAUGGAGAUCACAAAGCAAAGGAUCGAGAAGAUGCUUUUCGAUCUUUCGCAAAAAGACAGCUCCGACGACGAUGAUGAUGAGAAGUAG